GCAGAAAGAAAGGGCAGUUUCGAGGAAGUGACGGACGAGACACAGGGGACUGGUCAGAGGAAGUUUGCUCGAUGGUGGUGCCUUGCUGCUGAGCCAAACUUUUCCCCCUUGAGCGCCAGCGGCACCGUGGGUCGGGACGGUCGGAUCCAGCGGCGGAGGGAGCUACGCCAGCAGCUCUGAGGAAUAACUUGAGAUUGGGAGAAAGAAGGGAUCGCAGAGGAAUUUCACGCCAACCAACUAACCGCCCCCCUCCCCUUUUCCUUCUCUUCCCCGCGCCUCCUCCGAUUUUUUUUCUGGGAUCCGCGAUGGGGAAGGAGCAGGAGCUUCUCGAAGCGGCGCGCACGGGAAACCUGGCCGCAGUGGAGAAGCUUUUAUCCGGGAAGCGACAGUCAGCUGGCACCGGGAGCGGGUCGUCUGGGACCGGUGGAAGUAGCAACAGCGGCGGCCACGGAGCCUCCUCUCAUCCGCUCUCCAGUCUGCUCAGUAUCUGGAGAGGCCCCAAUGUGAAUUGUGUGGACAGCACUGGAUACACCCCCCUCCACCACGCCGCCCUCAAUGGACACAGCGAGGUGGUGGAGGCGCUGCUACGGAACGAGGCCUUGACCAACAUCGCUGACAACAAGGGCUGCUACCCUCUCCAUCUGGCCGCGUGGAAGGGAGAUGAACAUAUCGUCAAACUGCUCAUUCACCAAGGACCUUCACAUCCCAAACUCAACGAGCAGAGCUCUGUAGACCAUAAAGAGUUCAAACGCUGUGGGCCCUUUGACCCCUAUAUUAAUGCCAAGAACAAUGACAACGAGACACCACUGCACUGUGCUGCUCAGUAUGGCCACUCGCAGGUGGUGCGGCUGCUGCUGGAGGAGUUGACAGACCCCACCAUGAGGAACAACAAGUUUGAGACUCCACUGGACCUGGCAGCGCUGUAUGGCCGCUUGGAGGUAGUCAAGCUGCUGCUCAGCGCCCACCCAAACCUGCUCAGCUGUAACACCAAGAAACACACGCCGCUGCAUCUGGCCUCCCGGAACGGGCACCUGUCUGUGGUGGAGGUGCUACUGGACGCUGGCAUGGACAUCAACUAUGAGACUGAAAAAGGCAGUGCCCUCCACGAAGCAGCCUUGUUUGGGAAGGCAGACGUGGUACAGAAACUUCUCAGUGCAGGUAUCGACGUGAACAUCGUCGACCAGAAGGGCCUGACAGCGCUGGACACUGUCAAAGACAUGCCCUCCCAGAAGAGCAGAGAGAUAGUUGCUCUCGUCCUAGGUCACAUGACUGGAAAACCCCCCGACAUUGACCUUCCCCCUCCACCAAUCCCUCCGCCUCAGGAGAGCCCCAGCCCACGGAAGAAGGGCGAUCUGGAGAAGGUGAGUGAGUUGAUCUCGGGGCUGGCCCUGGGGCCCGAGGAGGAGAGCCCGUACGAGGCUCUGUUUGAAGCCACCUCUUGCCACUCUCUGGACAGCCUCACCAGCGGCAAGUCCUCUGACAGAGACUCCGGGCGGCCGGAUAGCGAAGCUGGCAAGAAAGAUCGCCUGGUCCACUCCUUACAUCCUGGGCCUGGUCAUGAAGAAGAGGUGAGCUCAGAGGCCCUGUAUACUAACAGCAGUAUUGAUGAGAGAGGCGAGCCGGUGGAAGAGGAGGAGGAUCACACAUAUGAGUUGUUGCUGACUGCACAGACCAAAGUCCCACCGCCCAGCCACGAGUCCUACUCCCAUAAAGAUGAGAAUACCACUAUACAGUCUUCCAACAGUGUCCUACCUCAGCGUAAACCCACUGCCCCGAAUGACCUCAGGGCCCCAAGCAAGACGAAAGACACCCUGCACCCUCCUGGGCGAGCGGGCCGAUGGGCAUCAGGAGAUAACUCCCAGCUCAGCCAGGAUCAGGGAGCAGGUGUCCCGGAGCAGUUCACUGGCCUCCUGCACGGAUCCUCUCCCGUCUUCGACUGCCGUGAGGAACCCUUCAGGCUUCCAGGUGUUCUGCCGCCCAACCAGGGACAGCCAGAGUCAAGAAAACCUGCCAAAGUAAAAGAGGAAGUAGCAGCAGCUGCACCACCGCCUAGCCGUCCCAGUAUGGCUGCCAUCCUGACAGACUGUGACCCUAAGGCAAUUUAUGCGACUGUGAACAAGGAGCACAGGGACUCUGGGGCUGGGGCAGUGUCUGGCGUUAGGAUGCGCCCUCCUGGGGACCUGAAACUGGCACGCAGUCUCUCCAAGUCUGACUCAGACUUGCUCGUGUCGCCUCCUAGUGAGGAGGAAGGAGGACUGGGAAACCGGAGCGAGUCUGUUUCUAACUGUAGCACUGGAAAGAAGAGGCUUGAGAAAUCUCCCUCUUUCACCUCAGAAUGGGACGAGCAGACACAGACGACUUCUCCCUCCACAAAACAACGAAGAUCUAAUUCCUUUGACAGAAUCGAGAAGAUCAUGACACUGAUUGGUGCUGGCAUCGAUUUUUCCAGAGAUCAGCAAUAUGCUACACCAGCAGGUGCUGCAGGCCGGCUGCUGGACCAGCCCGUGGGAGACUGGCUGGAGCACGUGGGGCUGCCGCAGUACGAGAGCAAGCUUCUCCUCAAUGGUUUCGACGACCUGCACUACAUGGGGAGCAAUGUCAUGGAAGACCAGGACUUGAGAGAGAUUGGGAUCACAGACCCGAGCCACAGGAAGAAGAUCCUGCAUGCAGCGCGCUCGUUACCUAAGGUGAAAGCGCUGGGCUGUGACGGCAGCAGCUCCCUGUCCUCCUGGCUGGAGAAUCUGGGACUGCAUGAGUACUUACACAACUUCCUGGCCAGCGGCUACCGCACUCUGGACUGUGUCAAAAACCUGUGGGAACUGGAGAUUGUCAACGUGCUAAAGAUCACCCUACUUGGUCACAGGAAACGCAUCAUUGCUUCCUUAGCAGAGAGACCCUAUGAAGAGCCUCCCGUCAAACCUCCUCGUUUGUCUCAGAUCAGGUGCCAAGACCUGCCUGGAUCCCAGACCUCGUCUCCCCUCAGUCAGAUGGAGUCCUACACGGGACGCUCGAUGGACCCGCUGCUGCCUGUUGGAGAACCAGGGAGGAAAAAAGUGCCAAAUACCGACUAUGAUGUCACCCAAAGAUACCGCAGUGAACGACACAGAACUCAUGAACGGUAUGAAGAACGGCAUCGAGAGCCUCGCCUGACCUUGCGGCCGCCCAGUCUGGCAGCACCGUACACCCCGGUCCAGAACUGGCAUCACCAACCUGAGAAACUCAUCUUUGAAUCCUGUGCUUACGAAGCCAAUUACCUCGGUUCCAUGCUUAUUAAAGAUCUGCGGGGUACUGAGUCCACACAGGAUGCUUGUGCCAAAAUGCGGAGGUCGACAGAACAAAUGAGAAAAGUCCCGACCAUCGUCCUCUCCAUCACCUACAAGGGUGUGAAGUUUAUCGACGCAGCCAAUAAGAACAUCAUCGCAGAGCAUGAGAUCCGGAAUAUCUCCUGUGCAGCCCAGGACCCCGAGGACUUGUGUACGUUUGCCUACAUCACCAAGGACCUGCAGACCAGCCACCACUACUGCCAUGUGUUCAGCACAGUAGACGUGAACUUGACCUAUGAGAUUAUACUGACCCUGGGCCAGGCGUUUGAGGUAGCCUAUCAGCUGGCUCUGCAGGCCCAAAGAACCAAACAGCACCAGAACCUCCCAGCGGGACACGGUUCAGAGGUCAUCGAGGGCAAGUCCGGCCGACCCGUACCCAAACCACGAGGCAGCGUGCGGAAGUCAGCGGGAGACAUUGUGGACCAGGAGGGGGAUGCUCAGUCCCAGAGCAGUGCCACGUGGCUCAUGGACCCCAAGGAAUCCAAGCGCACCAUCAGCACUAAGUAUGAGACCACCAUAUUCUGAGCGGACCCCCCUCUUCCUCCUGACCUCUCAACCUGGGCCUGGUCUCACCCCCUUCCUUCCCCUCCCUCUGUGUGCCUUUCACUGUGAUUCUGCCUCUCUUUCUCUCUCUGGGCUGGACCCCCGCCCUCCCCCGUCUCCCUUCAGCCGUCACUUGUGUCCUGCUUUUAGAACAACACCACAACAACACGCCGCUAGUGCAACCCUUCCACUUUAUCGCCUCCUCUUCCUCUUGCUGGUAUCGCUCACACAACCAGCCCCGCCACUCACCUUCACUGUUACACUCCUUUCUGUUUACCUUGUUUGCUUCCUGAACUCUGUGCCCAGUGCUUCCAUUUUUCUUUCCCCCAGUCAACAUCCUAGUAUUUACUGUUGGUGAUAAGCUCUUUUUUUUUUUUUUUUUCCUGGUGCUUUUCUCGCUCUAUUAGGCGAUGGCCGCUCUGAGGCUUUUCACUCUGAUCUUUCAACUCCUGACUCCUCCGAGUGCUGAGAAAAUCUGAUUUACCACAGCCAAGAGUGACCCACUGCACACGUCCUUGUCCCUGGAUGGACAUGUUUCCUGAGGAAACUGAGAAACUGGUUCUGUAAUUCUAUGCAUCAGUUGGACUUUAGCAGACUGUUUCUGUUCAGCGGGAUGCAGGUUGUGGUGUUACAGAGGUUGCACAGGAUUAACUGGGGUGGGGGGGGGGCUUUUCACCUGUCAGCGUCUGCUCGAAGCCAAAGGAGGCUAAGAUCCUAGCACUGUGAUGAGGUUCUUUUGGAGCUAAUGAAGUAAGCAUUUUGGGGGAUUUUCUUGUGGGGAAAAUGGGAAUCAAAAUAGGGCACGGAGGCUGAAGUGGACCUGCAUGUUAGUGGUCCUUGUUGCUCCAGAAAAUAGACAGUCUGAACUGUCAUAAGACUGGCAUGCCCUCCUUUGUCUGUCAAUCAGAGCACCAGGAUUUAAACCUGAUGCUUCUUCUGGAGUGAACUUACUAUAACUAAGCACUUUUACCAAAUCCCUGAGUGUGUAAGAAUAAGUGCAUCUUCCCCUGUCUUGUCUUUUUUUUUCUUCUUUUCACGAUAAAUGCCUUCUCUGUUCAUCCUGUCAGCAUGGCCUUUUGUUUUGCCAAUCACAUCAUGUUAAUAUUUCACUGCUGCCGGAGAAAAGAGUUAAUCAUUGUAAAGGGGGAUGGUAAUCCGUCACCAUCGUGCUGUUUGUGUCCAUUCGUUCAAAGUUAUUUUUACUUUAUUUUAACUUCCCUGCUUUGUGUGCGUGUGUCUGUGUCCCUUCCCUAUAGCUGAACACUGUGGCCACUCCCAGCCAGUAAGAAACGACAGGAAUGAGCCCUGUUGCAUGGUGGGUAGGAUGUUUUUUUUUUUUUUUUUUAUUGGAAAGGUGACCCACUUCCCAUGCAGCAGAUCGCAUCACCAGUUGGAUCGUGCUCGCAGCCACAGUAACACACAGGCCCGGAGACAAACAGACGUAAAACUUUCAUCACUGCACGCUCCAUCGGUUCAUCUGACCUCACCGACUUCAUCAGACACGCACAAACACACACACACACACAAACCUCUGUUUAGCUUCCUGUCCAUCAGAAAAUGAUGCUUGUCCCAGCCAGAUGUUUUUGUUAUGCUCUGUGCAUUUCCUGGGGAAUGAAUCGUUGGCUCCUCUCGGCUGUCAGUCUUACAGGCCUCCCUCACAGGGAGCUCGUGUUUACUCUUUCAGGAGAUGUACCAGCAGGUUUCAAUGCAGAACUUGUAAUUAAAGUGGAAGUGGCUGAGAUGAGGAACGUAAUAAUUUUUUUUUUUUUAUGAUACAAAGGUACAAACUGUCAGUAAGAGACCUCACACUGUAGGUACACACUCCUUCCUGGAUUAUUUGUCCUGUAUCCAAACAUUGUAGCGUCUCUUGAUGACCGUCAGCCUCUCAUCCACAGUACACAUGCAUAGCUGUGAUAAAUGAUGUCAUCUUGCACAGGAGGAACUCUCUAACCAAACUCAAAGGGCAGAGGAACUGACACUACAAAGACUGUUUUAUAGUGGUGUUAACAGGGGGUGGCUUUUAUUUGAUUUGAAAGUUUUCUCUCUCUUUUUUUUUUUUUGGUAUGUUUUAAAUGUUUUUUAGGGCAAUGACGUGUCCUAAAGCAGGAACUGGAUCAGGUGUGGUUCACUGCAGCUCUGUCUCCUUCCCUGCCUCUUUGUUCAGUUAAUCUAGACAAGAUUAUUCACCAAACCUGCCAUGCAGGCUGGUCCGUCUUUAGAUUUUAGCUGCAGAGCAGAACAAUAGGGCGCAGCAUGUUUCUCCUAGCUAACUCCCAGUAUGUUGACUGUUAAUGGUACUUUUUGGUCAGCUGAUGUGUAUAUGGGUACGUAGUUAGGUCGUUUUGAUUUAACUGUUGUUUAUGUGGUACGUUGUCAGGCCAGUACGAUAACUCUAUGGUACACUGUCUUCAGCUCGCUGGUGUCGGCACCUUCAGCCAUCAGCCUGGUCCCGUUCUGCUUUUGCACAUUGCUGAGGAUCAUGAGAGAUAUUCUGGGACUAAUCUGAUGACAACAAUGAUGAGAAUGAUAUUGUACAUGAAUCUAGCGGUCUGUAUUUUGAUACUUGAAUGAUUUUUGCUUUUAUAGAUAUCUAUAUAUAUAUAUAUAUAUCUAUAUAUAUAUAUAUAUAUGUAUAUGUAUGUAUGUACGUAUAAUUUUUGACAUUUGUCAAAAGAGAGAAAAGGACUAUGUCUUAUAAAGUUAAACAUAUCGUGAAUAAAUACCCUGUGAUUUAAAAAAAAUAAAAAAAAAAUAAAAAAAAUAAAGGCUGAGAAAACAAUGACUCAGAAGAGGGACCUCACUUCAGAAAAAAAGAUUGUAAAUAAUCUUGGGCUUCCAGUCUUUUUUAUGAUUAUUUUUCAUAAUUGUACAACUAAUAAAUGGCGCAAUUAGAAAUGCUG